AUGGAUUGGUACUCAUGGCUAUCUAAGACAAACAUCGAUCCAAAAAUGGUGUAUCACUACGCCGGAGUAUUCGUCGGGAACGAUCUCCAAGAGGACGAUCUGCCUCUCUUCACCCACGAUUUCCUCCAGAGCAUCGGCGUCGCCGUCGCCAAGCACCGCCUCGAGAUCCUCAAGCGCGCCGCCGGCGGAAAACCCCCGUCGCCGUCGUCCAGGCUCGUUUCCGCCAUUAACAAGACGAGAAAGCUCCUCAAAAAGAACAUUGCCGCCAGGUGGGCUGGAAUUCGGAGGAUCGGAAGCAAGUUUCCAGCGUCGAAUGCGGCGGCGGCGCGUAGGGGUAUGUGGUCGGGGCCGUUGGCGGCGGCGGCGGAGUGCGGCGGCGGUGUCUGUGUAUCGUUUUCGGGUCCGCUUGAUGGGAGAUCGGUAAUGGCGAAUUCGUGGAGGUGCAGCCCGUUGGUUAAUAGGGAGAAGAAGAUAAGUCCGAUGAGCCGAUGGGAUCUCAGCCCCAAAUUGAACGGCGCCGGCGGAGAUGGUGGCGGCGUUCAGUCAUCGCUCUGGUCUUUGAUGUUUCAUGACAUAAAACCCACAUAG